CAGUCGUUGGAACUGGCAAACCAUUGAAGGACUGGAGCGCAUUGGACACCAGUGCACCAUUGGCAUUUUCUCCAAACCAGCAACGUCCCAUCUAUGGAGAUGGGAAGUACCGUCAUCUACGUACCCAAGGUCUGCCUGUCAAGUUUGUCAGAAAGGGCAAUCUCAAAGAGUUCAAGCGUCAGAUACAAGAAUUCAUCGAAGCAAACGGGUUCUUUGCCAUCACUCACGUACCUGAUCCAGUCUCUGGCGAAAUGCUCUGUAUUGUCAAUGGACAUCCAAGAUUCACGGUCCAGUCUGUUGCAAAGCAAGUUGAACAUCAGGAUAAGUGUUACGACAAGUACGACAAAGCAAACGACACUGAAGCCAAGAUCUUCCUAUGCAACAGCCUCAACCCAGAACUUGCUGCCAAAGACUGCCAAUCCUUUUCCCGUCAUGUUUCAAAAGUUCAUUCAGAUGCUCCAUUCACGGUCCAGUCUGUUACAAAGCAAGUUGAACAACAGGUCAAAUGUUACGACAAGUACGACAAAGCAAACGACGCUGAAGCCAAGAUCUUCCUAGGCAACAGCCUCGACCCAGAACUUGCUGCCAAACUCUACCUGAAGGUCAAGACUACCGAUCCGUUUCCCGUCAUGUUCCAAAAGUUCAUUCAGAUGCUCCACACCACGUCUAUCCAUUAUUUUGAAGGACUCAAGACAAACAUCCGCAAGCGCAAGCCCUCCCAAUACUCUGGAGAGGACAUUGCACAGAUGGCAGAGGACAACAAGGAAGACGCAAAUGAGUUGACGAUUGCGGGUCAGUAUGAGUUCAAUCUCAACAAUGUCAUGGUUGACAACUUCCUUGAAGCCUCCAGAGCUGAGCACAACUCUUACCGUCAUGAAAUGCUCAACGUCAGCGCCAAGAUGAACAAAGCACUGAUUGAGAUUGGCUACAUGGACAAGGAAGCAGCAGCGCAACAUUUGGAAGCAGAAGAACUUACACACGAGCACAUCUGUGACAAGGCCGAGGACGCUUACCGUACACUUUUUGACAAACAUCAAUGGCCUGCUGCGAGACCCACCAUCCGAGACUCCAAGACUCCGUAUGCCAAGAUGGCCAAGACAUUCACCCCCGAUGACGUCCAGAACCAUGCAUACGCUCUGAUCCACCAACAGACCGGUUCAAAGGGCAAGGCCAAACCUGACGACAUCUGUUUGAACUGUGGAGAGAAAGGACACUGGGCUCGCGACUGCAAAAGUGACAAGAAGCUCAAGCGACCUUUCAACAACAACAAGAAGAGUAAGCAUCAAAAGGAUAAGCACGGUUCCAGCUGGAAGACUACUCCACCUGCUCCUGGUGCACCUGAGACCAAGAAAGUCCGCGGAAAAGAUUUCAACUGGUGUGCUCACUGUGGACGUUGGUCGACCACCCAUGGUACUGACGGACAUACCAAUGAUGCCACCAAGCGCGACUUGAAAGGUUCGGGACCCCAAGCAAAUCACCUACGCUUCGCUGGAGCCUGGUACACUCCCCUCCGCCAUGAUCAGCCCAGUCUUCUGUCCCUACGUGUUGUCUGGACCAUCCUCCACCACCUUUUGAGCUACCUUCCCCAGUUGGUUGUUGCAUUCUUCCUGGCCCGUUCCAUUGGAGUCACUACACCAAAUCUUUCAGCCCUCAUUGCCGAUCAAGUCUCAACUGCAUCCUCUUUCUUGACCGAUCAAGUUUCCUUCAUGAUGAGUCAAGCUACCGCCGCCUCCGCCUACCUAUUCACUGCCGCUUCCACUGUCAUUGCUGCCUUUGAAGGAUCCCCUACCAACCGCCUUGCUCCGCUCCUGUGGUUCACCCUUCUGAUCCUCGUGUCCCUUCCUACCAAAGUGCAACAUCGUCUCAUUGGGUCCCCACCUCAAGAGUUUCGCCCGUUCCGGAUGACCAAAGCAAAGUACAAACGAUACAUUCAACAUUGCCGUCGUCAGCGCCGCCCCACUUCCUUCAGCCAUCGUCGCCACACCCGUCACUAUGGUCUCGCCACCCGCCGUCGCCUCAACCCACGAUCUCAAGAUAUCUUUGACUUGGUCCAACAUAUCAUUCAGUUUUUGGAGUCUCUCACGUUUCGUCGUUCCUGUCGAGAGGGAGAUAAUUGGAGAAGCAACAGACGACAUCAGAGAAAUCACAAUGAUCAAAGCAAUUGGCAGAGAACAAACGACGGUUGGAGAAACAUGAACGACAACGAACCUAGUACCCCUCAUGCUACCACUUCCCGCGAAACACCCCGUGAUGACCAUCAGCGUCGGCGUCCUGGCGAUCCAAACUGGACCUUCUACCAAGGUCCCCGCCAGCGAGGUGAAGAUGAUGCCUUCCGUUUUGAUCCUCCCAGACCUCGCUCCUGUCGCUACGACUCCUCCAGACAUUGUUCGGAUCGCCAUGACCCUUCUUCGACACCAAGUGACAACAUCUUCCGCCACUUCAAUACCUUUCCAAGAACGGAUCGAAUGCGCAGACGAAGGAUGACACGUCGACGUCAACCAAGCAUGCCACGAAUCUACAGACCUACCGUUGGCGUCGGACUCCCAAUGGCUCACAUUGCCGUUCUAUCUUCUCCGGCGGCCAAAGCCUUCUUCAAGAACGCCAAUAUUCCACAACAAUUCAGCAAGGUCAUCAACUGCUUCCGUGCUGCAAUGAAUCCAGAUGAAUUGAGAUCAGAUAUGUCAGGUGAUGAAAAGGCGACAAGGUACCCGAUAAUCUGGGAUUCCGGUGCAACAACUUCGAUCUCACCUUACAAGGACGAUUUUGUGGGAAAGCUUGAGCCAGCACCUCUUGGACUCAAGCUUCGUGGAAUUGCUAGCGGCCUAGAAAUCAAAGGGAUUGGACAUGUUGCAUGGUCAGUGGUUGAUACAACUGGCAUGUUACAAACAAUCAAGGUGCCUGCCCUAUACGUACCUUCUGCCACAGCUCGAUUGCUCAGUACCUCAAGUUUGCUCCAGACAUACACCGAUGAGUCCAUCUCAAUGAACGCUGAUCAUCUACAGUUGUCUGGAUCAGACAAAACAAAUUCAGUACACGUUGACCACGACCCUUCAACGAACUUGCCAACAUCGCUUGCCUACUCCCAUGGAACUGCCCCUAACCGAUUCGACGCAUUCGCGAGCAUCAUCACGUCCACCUUGGAGUCAAACCACAACCUCAGUCCUGCAGAGAAAGAACUCCUAAGAUGGCACCAUCGGCUCGGCCAUCUCAACUUCAGUCAGAUCCAAUUUCUCCUCCGCACAGGUGUAUUGGCACAUUCAGAGUCCGCUCGACGAUUGCAAGCUGCAGCAUCUCGGAUCACAACAUACCCACUUUGCCCAGCUUGCCAAUUUGGAAAACAACGUCGUCGACCUUCUCCCGGAAAGACUUCUCAAGUCGUUUGUGAUCGAGAGGGAGUUUUGAAGAAAGAAAACCUGUUCCCAGGACAAAAGGUGUCAGUUGAUCAUUUUGAGUGUACCACAAGAGGACGAUUGCUUCAUACCUUUGGCAAAGAAGAUCCCAAGACACAGUACACCGGAGGAUG